UGUCCAAAAGAGAUGGAAGAACAUAAACAUAUAUUCGAAAAAAACUAAUUAUUUGUCCGCUGAAGUAGAAAAGAGAAUGGGUGUUAGAGAGAAGGAUCCGUUAGCCCAAUUGAGCUUACCUCCAGGUUUUCGUUUUUACCCGACAGAUGAAGAGCUUCUUGUUCAGUAUCUCUGUCGGAAAGUUGCAGGCUAUCAUUUCUCUCUCCAGAUCAUCGGAGAUAUCGAUCUCUACAAGUUCGAUCCUUGGGAUUUGCCAAGUAAAGCUUUGUUUGGGGAGAAAGAAUGGUACUUUUUUAGCCCGAGAGACCGGAAAUAUCCAAACGGGUCAAGACCCAAUAGAGUAGCCGGGUCGGGUUAUUGGAAAGCAACGGGUACUGACAAAGUCAUCACGUCGGAUGGUCACCGUGUCGGGAUUAAAAAAGCUCUGGUUUUCUACGCCGGAAAAGCUCCAAAAGGCACGAAAACGAACUGGAUCAUGCACGAGUAUCGACUCAUCGAGCAUUCUCGUAGCCAUGGAAGCUCCAAGUUGGAUGAUUGGGUGUUAUGCCGAAUCUACUACAAGAAGAUGUCGGGAUCUCAGCAGAGACAAGCUGUUGUUGCUCCCGUACAAGCUUGUCUCGAAGACCAGAGCACGAACGGGUCGCCGUCGUCUUCUUCGUCUCAGCUCGACGACGUUCUUGAUUCGUUCCCGGAGAUGAAAGAUGUGUCUUUUAAUCUUCCUCGGAUGAAUUCACUCAGGACGAUUCUCAACGGUAAUUUCGAUUGGGCUAGCUUAGCUGGUCUUAACCCCAUACCGGAGCUAGCUCCGGCCCUCGGAUUAUCGAAUUACGGCGGUUACCAGUCGUUCCAGUCGGGUGUAGGAAUUCGCACUUCGCAGGCUGAUCAGGAGCAGAACUCGAGCGAGUUGACUCAGAGUUCCGGGUAUAGCUUGAGCGGGUUUGGGCCUUCGGGUCAAAUAUACGAGUUUAGGGGAUGAGAGAUUAAUGUAAUUGGCUACUCAUAUGAGUGGACGCGGUAAAAAAAGGAAGUAAAAAAACUAAAAAAAGUCCUUGAGAGGAUAGAGUGGCAAUUAUGUAAACAAAAUAGAGAAUUAAAAUAGGCCUUAACCGAUUCGUUUAGGCUAUUCCACAAAGCAAAGGCCCUGAGAUUAGAUUUGAUCUAAAUUUACAGGCCGGAAAUGUAAAAAUAGCCCACACUACGUUAAUGAGCUCUUUUGAAAUUCUUUCUCA